GAAGCUCAACCCGCUGCGCCCACGCCUCUCUUACAAGCAAGCGGAAUGUGCAUAAAGCCGCAGCAAGGAAACUGUCGGCCACAGGAUGGCACUAUUCUCGUCCUUACUCAAAGAAAACCUUGCGAUCAACCUUUUAUGCAGUUCUCCCUAUCGGCGGAUGGUACCCUUAAACAUCACUGCAGCGGCAGACCGGUGUGCCCUCGUAAGCCAGCUCGUGAUAAAAAUUGUGAGCUCAUGAUCAGCAGCAAAUGUCAGCCACAGGACUCUAAAUUUGAAAGAACUGCUGGUAAGUCUGUCUGAAGAUGCCUCACGGAAUAGUCUUGGUUUGUCCUCAUUAUCCUUAGAGUGUUCAUAAUUUUGGUCUCAUAAAAAGACCUAUAUUGCAAGCGUUCUGGCUAAACGAGCCCUAUACGAAAUUUUUGGUUGAUUCAAGGACUAUCUUUACAGAGCCAGUUAUACCAGACUAUCAGUUAAUACUCAUAUUAACCACAUAGACAAGCUAACAAAAUCGUGUUCUCUCAGGUCACGUUCUGCUGCCAUACACAUAAGUUUUGUGGCAGUUAUUUUGGCACUGUCUGUCACUAAUGCCACUGGAUUUUGUUGUCUCGCGUAGCUCAUUCCUUAAGACACAAACCAACUGGAAUGUGUGUUCAUCUGUAUGGUGGUAACCCUCGAGAGGAAGUGGGGGUUUGCUUGUGGCAAGGGUGUGACGAAGAUCGUACCAAAGUCACGUUCAUGAAGCAAGGUGAGUUCGCCAUGCGGGCUGCAACUUCGGAGUUCAGCAAACGCUGGUAAAGCAACUAAUCAGCCUCCCUUGUUCUUGUAAACACAUAAAAACAGGCGUAGUGCAAGAACAUAAGAUAAUUUAAUGACAGAGACUGAGGCAACUGUACAAUUUUUGUUUCGAUUUUAUUCGCGCACUAAUCUGAUUUUAGAGACAUUUUAUUUCUAAAAUCUGUUAAUAACUUUAUGCACUUCUCUCAAAUACUAUGACUGUACAAGGUCAUGUGACGUUGGGUAUGCACCUUAACAAAGAAGUGAAAUAUCGUGUUGGAUACUUGCGUAGUAAUGGGUAAAGUUGUCUGGUGCUAUUUUUUCUCAUUCCCCAGAUUGUGUCCUUUCCCUUGGUAUGUCAACUGGUAUCAUUGCAGAUAAACAAAUAACUGCCUCAUCUACACUCAGCGAUGAGUGGCUGCCUAAAUACGCUCGUCUCAAUGGACCUAAGGCUUGGUGUGGUAAACCGAAUGACAAAAGUGAUAAAGACGAGUAUCUACAGAUCGACCUUGGGAAAGUAUGUCUUUCCUUUAGUUGGUUUGCUUUCAGUUCAGUAGAUCUGUAAAAUAGGGCCUGGAGAGUCAGACAAUCGGUAUGUCUCGGUAUGAUUUCAUGUUAUCGUAACCAUCAUAUUGAUUUAAUUUUGAUAACGUUUUGAUUGAGGGUUAGAGGUACAAACAAGUGUGGGCUAUAUUGAACUCUAAAGUUUUUUUUAAAAAAAGUAGCUGCUGAAAGACUAAACCCAGCAGUGGCGAUAGCAAAGAAGUGAUUAAGCUGUUCAAGAAAGAAGUUGAAAAACACUGAAGAGAACAAUUAAGACUUUGCGUUUAGGAUUCUUUGUGACUCUCUCUUGACGUGGGUAGCCUCCAACACUUUCUGCUCCCCCCUCCCUCCAUUGCAGCAGAAAAAACUUAUCUUUCUUAGCCCACACUACCUACAAUAUUCGUUUCAGAGUUCUGACAUAAUUAGGAAAACGGCAAUAACAGUGUCAAAAUUCUUUUUAGUGACGUACUGAACUCAACCACUGUUUUUUUUCAUAUUUACCCAGGUUCAGAUGAUUACAAGAGUCACCAUGCAAGGAUAUGAAUGGGAUCUUGUUGAAGGGUUUUAUCUUUGGUACAGUGAAGAUGGAAAAAUGUGGAGAGUUUAUAGCGAAGGUGGAGAUGAGCAGGAAGCCGAUGUAAGAAACAUUAUUUAACGGGAUAAUGUCGCUAUAGCGGUAAAAUGGACAUGCGAGCGGAGGAGCGUAGAGAAGAUGUCCUUAUCUUUUACCGCCCUCCUCCUAAAUUGCUCAUUGGAUUGUUUCUGAUACAUCAUGCUGUCCUGUAGAAUGUCCCAAGUACGCAACAAUGUUUGUGCCCAGUUUCGCUCUCCGUCCUUUGCAUCCACUGUCAUGCCCAGGCUCCCUUUCUUUUUGGUAGUACAAUGUCCUUUACCCCCCCCCCCACCUUACAACCCCCCUUGUUCCCCAUGAGAUUGUUUUCGACAUGACGAGCAAUUAAAACAAUGUUCGUGCAUCCGUUUCGCUCUCCGUUCGCUAAACAGCAUCCACUGUCGCUCUAUCGUCCAUGCUUUCACUACCAGUGGGGGACAUAUACUUGACUAUCUUUGUCAUUAGUGACGUCUUCUUGCUCAUUGCUCCCAAAUUGUGAUCUAUUGCUCAUGUUUUUUGAUCAUUAAGACUUUUUAUGCCCUUUUCAGUCCUUCUGUCAUUUAGGAAAAUGUGCCGACUCACUGGAUACUCAAUGUUCUGAUCUGUGGGGCGGAAGUAAGUGUGCCCGCUUUCCUUGAGUCUUUCUAACUUGAGGAGUAAGAUUUAUUUUAAUAAUCUGUCUCUGCAACUCUACUAACUUGUUUUUUGUUUUACCUGUAAGCUGCCCGCUCAGCUGAAAAGGCAUGCUGGGAUAAAUACAACUCACGGAGAACGCAGUACGGGACAUGUGACGCCACAAGGCCCCGCCCCUGUGCGAAAAGGUCCAGUAUGGAAAAUACUAGAUGUAAAAAUGUUUGA